AUGAUUUUUUUUUUUUUUAAAAUCGAAAAUGUCGUUUUCCUUCUUUUUUUAUAUAAAAAUAAAUUAAUAAAUUUUUUUUUUUUUUUUUUUUUUUUAAUUCAGUGGAAUUUUGUUUGCGAUCGAAGAUGGAUGGGAGCAGUGGCACAAUCUGCAUAUAUGUUGGGGGUGUUUACCGGAGCGGCAACUUUAGGUCGUUUAGCGGAUAGAGUAGGAAGGAAAAAAGUAUUUUAUGUUUCGGCAGUUUUACAACUUAUUUUAGGAGUUGCCGUAGCUUUUAUACCAGAAUUUUAUACAUUUAUAGUCGUAAGAUAUCUUUAUGGAAUUGUCGGAUCAGCAGGUUCAUACAUUACUGGAUUUGUAUUAGUGACUAUGGAACUUGUUGGAGCUUCAAAAAGAACAGUGACUGGACUUUCGUUUCAAGCAUCAUUUGCUGGAGGUUUAUUACUCGUUGCAUUUUGGGGGUGGCUUAUACCGUACAAUGCAACCCUAUUGCAAGCUAUUUACGGACUUCACAGUUUGCUCCUAAUAGGUCAUUGGUGGCUCAUUGACGAGAGUCCCAGUUGGCUUUGGACGCAAGGCAGAACUCAAGAAGCGAUAUCGAUAAUUAAAAAAGCGUUAAAAAUAAACGGUAACGAAGGAAUGUUAGACGAAGAAAAAUUUAUCAGUAAAAGACGUCCACAAAUUAGAAACGAUGAUCAAAGUGCGGGAGUUUUGGGACUUUUAAAAACUCCCAACUUGAGAAAGAAAACAUUAAAUGUUUGCCUUAACUGGUUCGCUAAUAGUUUAGGAUAUUACGGAUUAUCUUUAAGUACGGGUGCCCUUCCAGGGAAUCCAUAUUUAAUGCUUUUCGUCACGGGUAUAGUCGAGUACCCAAGUUACGUACUAACUGCAUUUAUAAUGGAUAAAACAGGACGAAGGAGUCUCAUAAGUUCUUUGAUGAUACUCGGAGGUACAGCUUGUUUAAUAUCGGCUUGCAUACCUCAAGAAACCGAAACCGAAAAAAAUACUGUGAUUGCUAUAGUCAUGAUUGGAAAAUUUGCCUUAGCUGGAUCAUUUGCUAUAAUUUAUAAUUAUACAGCUGAAUUAUUUCCGACAGUGGUUAGGUCGACAGCCGUAGGUAUAGGGGGUAUGUGUGCACGUUUAAGCGGAGCCAUUACUCCUUUGCUGAUUUUAUUGGAUUCUUUAGACAAAACUUUGCCGGUGUUGAUAUUUGCAUCGAUAGCAAUUAUUUCCGGAAUAUUAUCUCUUUUAUUACCGGAAACAGUUAAUCAACCGUUACCUCAAACAUUAGAAGAUGGAGAAAAAUUUGGAGUUGGCGAUACAGCAUGCAAUAGUUGCUUUUCAAAAAGGAAACCCAAAUACGAUUUGCCCUUAUCAACAGUCGAAUAA